CUUUGACCACCGAAUCCCACUAACAGCUGCAUCAUCCAAUCAGGAUUCGGAUCCCCCGCGCGCGCCCCCCCGAAAAAAAAAAAAAAAAGAGGGAAAAAGUCUACGAGAGGAGAUCAUACCCAUCUCAUGCGAAGGAGAGGGAGAGGGAGAGGGAGAGGGAUCGAUCCAAAUCGAGCUCGAAAAUGGGGUCAGAGACGAGGGUUUUGGACGCGUUGAGAUCGGAGAUCCCCUUCGACGCCGACGCCGAUCUCCUCCUCACCGGCGAGGUCCACGCCGGGCUCGUCCUCGUCGACCUGGUCAAUGGCUUCUGCACCGUCGGAGCAGGGAACCUCGCCCCAUGCGAACCCAAUAAACAAAUCGAUAGAAUGGUGGAGGAGUCUACUAAGCUUGCAAAGGCCUUUUGUGCGAGGCAAUGGCCUGUUUUCGCAUUUCUUGAUACGCACUAUCCGGAUAAACCUGAACCACCAUACCCACCUCAUUGUAUAGUUGGUACAGGGGAAGAAAACCUGGUUCCUGCUCUCGAGUGGCUGGAGAAUGAUCCAAAUGUGACCAUCAAAAGGAAAGGUUGCAUUGAUGGCUUCAUUUGCUCAAUGGAGAAGGAUGGUUCAAAUGCUUUUGCUGAUUGGGUGAAGAAGUUUGAAAUUAAAACUGUUUUGGUUGUUGGAAUAUGCACAGAUAUCUGUGUGCGAGACUUUGCUUGCUCCACAUUAUCUGCUAGGAAUAUUGGUCGAGUGCCACCAUUGAAGGAUGUUGUGAUUUACUCAGAUGGAUGUGCUACAUAUGAUCUCCCAGUUCAUGUUGCGAGAAGUAUCAAAGGAGCUUUAUCUCAUCCCCAGGAGCUGCUGCAUCAUAUAGGGCUCUACAUGGCGAAAGGAAGGGGAGCGAAGAUCGUGAACAGCGUUUUGUUCGACUCAGAAAAUGAACCGUGAUCCCGAAACAACUACUGCGCCCUAUUCCUGCUCGUAGCAGUGAUUAUAUCUGUUCUUCUAAACCGUCGAUAUAUUUACGCUCUCCGCUUUCAUGCAUGAUCUGUUUCAUAUUUCAGGGGUGACUAGCCCUGGCAAGUGCUGCUGUUGUGCUGGUAUCGUUUUCACUGUAUAUAUUUUUUUCGUUAAUAAGUCUACAUUCGCAAUAUUUCUUAUGCGAAUGUUAUAA